GGUUGGGUAGGGUGUUGUAAAAGUCGGAGUAGCGGCUGUUGUUGGUGCUUUAGGACCCAGUGAGCAGAGACACGGCGGUGUGAAACACAGCCUGUCCGACAAAAUCAGGCUGAAAAGGAGGGAUAUCGAUGCAGACGGCGCUUCACAGAGAGAUAAAGACACGGAGUGUGAAUGAGAGCUGAGGGAAAUCUGCAGCGGAAGAGUUCAAGAAAGAAUAAAAUAUCUGUGUUUAUUUAUUCCACCGGCUGCGAGGCUCGCGCUCUUUCAAAGCCUGAGCUCUUCCUAAUGGAAAAGAUCCUUGUUCCACUUUUCCGGUUAAAGAUGCACAUCGUGAAGGAAUAGACGUUCAUUUGCAUGUAUAAAGUAGCUGUUUGGUUUCGAAUUGAAUGCUUCAUCUGCGAAAAACAAUGGUCCAAAGCGUGCGCGUGAGGGAAACACUGUUUCAAAACUGAGUGGAGAAAGUGCCAGGAUUGUUGGCAUUCUAUGGUGCACUCCUAGCUGGAUCCAAGAGGAUGUCUCCCAGCAUCCUGUCAGCACUGCCUAAAGGGAGACUCCAUCAGCAUCCUCUUCCUUUCUGGCAACUGUAGAUGAAGAACCAGCACACAAUGACAGAACACCAGUGAUUCCUGCCUUUGACGUUCCUCACCUCCCCAUCCCUCUACCUUAUACCCCUUCCCAGUCCCAAGCCUGACCAUGCUGCGUUUCCUGCCCCUCAAACUGGGCCGAGUGUACCGCUGCCUGAAGCUGCUCUUUAUCGUGGGCCUGUUUGUUGUGCUCUUGAUGAACACUCACACACUUCUCGCCUCCUUUCAGAAGAACGAGCUAACAGACCGCCGCUUUAUCCACCUCAACAAGUGCCCGGCUUGCUUCGGCACCAGUUGGUGUCGCAAAUUUAUGAACGGGCAGGUAUCCUUUGAAUCGUGGGGCCGAUUGCGUUUUCUUGAUGUCUUCAACGUAAAGAACGUUUUCUUUGCCCAGUAUGGUGAGCCACGGGAAGGCACGCGGCGCAUCGUCCUCAAGCGCCUUGGCUCCAACCAGGAGCUGGCGGACAUUGACCAGAAAAUCUGCAAGAGGGCCACUGGUCGACCUCGUUGCGACCUCAUCCAGGCCAUGUACAAGACAGAGUUCGCCCGACUUAAUGGAGACGUUCGCCUCUUGACCCCUGAUGUAGUGGAAGGCUGGUCUGACCUGGUCCACUGCCCCUCGCAGAGACUGCUGGACCGGAUAGUCAGGAGAUAUGCUGAGACUAAAGACUCAGGAAGCUUCCUGCUGAAAAAUCUCAAAGACACAGAGAGGAUGCAGCUUCUGAUGACUCUGGCUUUUAACCCUGAGCCUUUGGUCCUACAGAGUUUCCCGUCAGACGAGGGCUGGCCGUUUGCCAAGUACCUGGGUGCGUGCGGGCGCGUGGUGGCCGUGAACUACGUUGGCGAGGAGCUGUGGAGCUUCUACGAGGCACCGUGGGAGAAGCGAGUGGACUUGGCCAAGCAGCUGCUGGACAUCGCCGAGCAGCUCACCAACAACGACUUUGACUUCGCUCUGUACCUGCUCGACGUCAGCUUCGAUAACUUCGCCGUGGGCCCUCGAGACGGCAAGGUCAUCGUGGUGGACGCCGAGAACGUGCUGGUGGCCGACAAGAGGCUCAUCAAACAGAAUAAGCCGGAGAACUACGAUGUGUGGUACGAGAGCCGUUUCGAGGAAUGCGAUAAGGAGGCCUGCCUCUCUUUCUCCAAAGACGCUCUGUGCUCAAGGGUCACCGUCGACCACAACUACUACGCCAUCUGUCAGAACCUGCUGUCUCGCUACGCCACGUGGAGAGGCAGCACCGGGGGCUUGCUGCACGAUCCGCCGCCCAGCGUGGGGAAAGACGGGCAUCUCGACACCCUGCUGGAAGAGUGUGUCAAGCCCAAGACGCGGUACGGACGCUUUGCAGCUGCUAAAGAGCUCCGGCAGUAUCUCACUGAGCUCAGCGGCACGGCCAGGUAAUGACUGAGUGGACUGCCGGGGAGCGGGUACUGAGAUUCUAACGGCUUCUUUCGCUCUUUGGGUGGCGGACGAGCUGUUUCGGAGCGAUGGAGGAAAAUAUCCGCAAGCUCCGAGAUCUGUGUUAAUGUUCCAGCCUGCUGACUUUUAGAAAUUGUGUUUCUCUUCAAAGCAUGAAAGCUGGAUGAAGAUCUCCAUAUUGGAUGGAAAGAAAGAACCCUUCUUCUCACUUUACUCAAGCUCAGCCAUCAAGCAUCCAUGAUCGAUGAUGGAAAAGUAUACGGAAUUCAUGGAAACUUGCUAGUGUUUCAGUCCCAGUCCCAGCUCGGAGAGUUUGGGCUCAUCAUUUGAUAAUCCCUGAGGGUUGAUUGUCUUAAAGGAGAAGCAGCAGCUAUCGUACUUUCUUCCAGAGAGUUGCUCGGUGAGAUGUGAGCAUGCUCAGAAAGGCAGCUGGAGAGUUCAGCACACAGCAGCUCAGGAGGAACCCAUCUCCAGGCCUCUUCUUCACUAAAUCUCAAGACUUCCAGUGAUCUGAUGUUUGGCAAUCAAGCAGAACGAGGGUUUAGGGUGUACAGAACAAAAUAAUGAGCUACAGCUGUUUUUGCUUUUGCAUAUACCAAAGAGUCUGGCUAUAUGUUGCUCCCAUCCCUGUACAUUUCAACAUCCUGAGCUGAUUACAAGGCACGGCAAAAUGGACACUUUUUCUGGAGGAUUUUUGCUUGUAUUCGUCAAGCAGAUCCAGUAAAGACUGAACUUAAUCCAGGAUGAUUCUCUGUGCUGAAUAAAUAACCACCAGGUCCAACUCAAACCUUUGUUUGAAAGCGGACAUGCUAAAAUGGUGGGAUGCUCCAGCCCUACCAUCCAAAUUUAAUUCCACAGCUCUGAAAUUGAUUUAAUCACAAUUUAAUCACACGUCUCUGACACUUAACAUCAGUUAACCUUCAGCUAUCAAUCUGCCAUUUUUCCUGUUCCUGCCUUUUUUUU